AUCAGUGGCAGACUCCGCUUUGACCUUUUUUUUUUUUUUUUUUUUUUUCUCCUUUCCUUUGAUUUUCCAUUCAAAUACUUUUUUUUUUUUUUUUUUUGGUGCUCCUAUUUGUCGAGCGCCACAGCAUCUUUUUGUUCAAAAAUGGAGGUGGCUCAGCUCUCGCACUCUGGCAGCCAUCCUGGCACGGGGUUUGCCUCACACUACGAGGACCGGGAUGCGGUGGAGAAUGAGCAGACACAGCGUCUUCUGACUUCGCCGAAACGAUCGCGUCUUGCCGCAAAGCGCCCGCUCGAAGAAAGCGCGCAGUCCGACCAGCUUGUCGGCGAGCCCCCCGUCCUCACCCCCAGUACAUCUACCAGCAACAACACCAACGACAGCACCACCAGCGCUGCAAGCAUCCGCCGCCGGCGCACCGACAGCCACCCAGCAGCAGCCUCCGUCACCGCGAUCGACUCGGCGCACACCGACGAGCCCAAUGGCCACUCUGACGCCGCCGCCACUGACGACGCCAUGGCCAUGGCCACGACCGAUGAUGCCGCUGCUGCAGCUGCCGUCGCCGAGACGCCCGACGCUGACAAUGCGUCCGCCACAGCGCAUGUCAACGCCGACUCUUCUCCGACCGAUUCAACCCCAAUGUCCACAAUGUCCAGUUCCUCCACGUCCUCCGCUUCCUCGUCCUCGUCGGCACCAGCGUCGCGUGGGACGGCAUCCACAACGCUAUCGCACACUCCUGCUCGUCCAAGUUGGACGGCCUCUCCAGCCAAGCUUGGCGCCCUGCUCGGGAAUGGCGCCAGCAGCCGUGGUUUCGCGUCAUCGAGCGCCUCCAUCCCACGCCCCGCCAUCGAUAUCUACACCGAGGACGAAGUCGCCCAACUGGCGCUCAAGCUCAACACUCCGCCGCGAAUUGCUCCGCAAAUCUACCAAAUCAUCGAUUCGCCCGACCAAGGGUGGAUUGCAGAAUGCGCGAGUUACACGCCAGAGAAACUGGCAUCUCACCUUCAAGCUCUCAUGGAGACUGCGAGAACGCUCGGCGAGCAAGAAGCUGAUGCUCUCCGCCAGGGCAAGAUUAUCAAUAUUUUCUCCAUGUGAGCCUAAACAUCCUUUCAAAAAGAAGCUUUCAUUGUUGUUCCCAAAAAAAAACCAACUCCUCCCCACCCCUUUCCCCCACCCCUCCAGUCAUGAGUGUACGUAAUCUAUGAGUGCCAUUUUGGUGAACCUGGUCUCCAUCCUUUUUUGUUGAAUUUCGAACGAAUGAAAGCAUCGCCAAAAU